AUGAACCAACCACAAAUUAAAACAAGACGUUCAAGAUUGUUAAUAAAUUAUUGGAAAAGUUUUGAUCCUUCACUAUUUCGUCAUUAUGGACCUGGUCUUCAUUUACGUAAACAGCGUCUUUACAGUCCUAUGGCUAGAUUAUGGAAAGCUAUGCAAAAUCAAAGUCAAGUAGUAGUUAUGACUCGAGGUUUAAAAGAGCCGCGUGCUUCACUGAUCGGCAACUUGAUCGCUUUUGAUCGUUACUGGAACUUGAUGCUGACAAAUGUAACUGAGUAUUCUGUUAAUCUACCGAAAUCUGCUUUAACAGGUUAUAGUAAACCUGGACGAAGUAGAAAAAGACGAGAACAACGUCUGAAAAAAAGUCAGCAGAUGAAUAACACACUUCAGUUAAGAAAAAAUUUAAGUAUUCAUCAAUUUGGUUGCAAUGAAACUCAUAUUCAGGGAAAAGAUGUUGUAUCAAAUGAUGCGUUGGAAAUGGGACAGUCAUUUCCUGAUCAGUGUGAUAUUGCUGUUGAAGAGGAUGAAGAUAUCACUAACCUGCUUAUGACACCUUUACUUCUUGGCAGAUCACCUGUCUCUGACAAUGAUGAUAUCCACUUCCCUGAGGGUUUUAAUAAUAAAACUGAUAAGACUGUUUUAGCUAAUGUCAUUACUCAAAAUGUGGAAAGUGAUCGAACGUCUAAUUGGAUGUCAUCCAUGAUUCAUUGUAAAGAACGAAAUAUGUCUGAACUUUCUGAUAUAUCACUCUGGCAGAGUUUACAGGCUUAUCAACGACCAUUGACUGAGAAACAAUUGAACAUUGAACACAACUUAGUUUGCAGUGAUAAAACAACAGAUUCUUUUGUACAUAAUGAACAAUUAUUUAUACGUGGUGCUAAUGUUAUUUUGGUACGGAUUUUAUCAAACACAUAA